AUGGACGCGAAGGAGGUGAUCUCCGUGCUUCGACCCCUCACGAAGGAUCAAGUGCUUCUGGUCUGUUGGAGAUUUCGCCAUGACCCAGCUGUGAGCGACUCGCUCACACGUCUGCGCAGCUUUGUUUAUUCCUGCAAGAAGAAUGGCUUCUGGGAGACCAAGAAUAUCGACCUCGCAUCGGGUCUUAGCGCCCUCCUGAAGCAAGCCGCCUUCCUCGAAGCGCAAGCUGUUGAACCAGGUGCCCCAAGCAGGCAGCCGCCGCAGCCACCGCCUCCACCGCCUCCGACGAGCACCAGUGCGGCGUCUAGUGCUUGGCGGCCUGCGAUAAGGCCAACAGCGGCACCUGACUUGCCGCGCAACGGCCCCGCUUCAGAUGAGGGCGUCAAGCUCAAAGCUCCGCCUGUUCCAGCGAGCUUCCGGCCGAUGGAGGCGCCGGCGCCGGCGCCAAAGAAGGUGCCGCCGCCACCUCCCCCGCCAGCGAAGGAAAAGACGCACCCGCUCGCCAAACCAGCCGAGCUGCUGCCCAAGGCACCACCACCAGGCUGGCUACCGAUCGGUGCUGCAACAGGAUCAGGCGAAUUGCCGAAGAAGGCUCCACCCGUCCCUCCGCCAGUGCCACAGCAGCGUUCGCCGGAGAUCGCUUCGGUGGCACAGCCGCCACCCGCACAGCCUUUGCAGCCUGUGCAGCCGACGCAGCCUCAUGCGGACAGCAAGGCGCUGCCCGUGCACAAGCCGGACGUUGAGUCCAGCGAGCCUGCAACCAAGCCAAGUGAAGCCCCGCCGGCGGAUGGCUUGGAGGUGGGCAUGACUGUAAAGAUUGCAGAUGGCAAGAUCAAAGGACAAGGCACGGUGGUCUCCUUAAGCGACACGAAAGCCAAAGUGCAGCGGAAGUCUGGUGGCAUGCCGCAGGAGGUCAACCGCAGUAAGCUUCGGCCUUGCAUCGAGGAGGCCAAGGCGGGACGUCGACUGCGCGAGAUCUGCGGCCCGGCCACAGGCGCACUCCAGCGGAAAAUCGCAGAGGUCAUUGCUUGCCAGCUACAUGCCGGUGCGCUCCGUGACCUUACCCGGUGCAGCCCGCAAAACAAGGCUGCGCCAGACGAAGGCAGCGCUGGUGCAUGGCCCAAGCCAACGCAAGCAGCGUCCGAAGAUGACUUGGCUGAGCGUUUCAAGAGGCGCCUUGAAGAGGCAGAAGCUCGCGAGAAGGAGCUGCUUCGGAGGAUCGCAGAGUUGGAAAAAGACAAUGCGAAAUUCGCAGAACGGGAGGCGGUCGCACGCGAGAGUGAGGCACGGAAGUCUGCCACACGUGAGAGGGAGGCUGAGACGCAGAAGCGCGAGAUGGAUCAGUUGCAGCUGCGAUUGGAGCACUCUGUGGCCGGCCAGGAGGCCUUAUCUGCCAAAGUGAGGGCCGCCGAAGAGCAGCUUGAGCAGGAGCGAGCGCGACAUCGUGAAGUUGAGAACGAUCUCAACUGCCGCCUAGACUGGGCCACGCAGCGUCUUCACGACUGGCAGACGGAUGGCGGCAACCGCUGGGUUGAAGAGAGGCUUCAGCAGCUGAAAAGACAUGUCGAGGACCUCCUGCGUGAGGAGGUCGCAGUCUUUGCCGAUUCUUGGGGAAUGCCGGAGGACCAGGUCGCAAGCAUCUUCGAGCGCCUGACCACGUGGCAGCAGAAGUUGGUGAUGAAGAGGUUCAAGGGCAGCAAAGGUUCACCAGUGGGACUACUGCGAAAAUACGUCAGCAGCUGCCUCCACUACGGCUUCACGCAGGAUGAGAUCAAAGACUUUGCGCAGAAGUGGGCCAUUCCGUACUCCGAUGCCCAGGAUAUCCUUGGAGACCUGGAGGUUGAGCAGCAGAAAGUCGUGAUCCAGCGCUUCCACUACGACGAGCGCACCGCUAACCAGUCAACAGCGUCUGCGCAGCUGAAGACCUAUGUCAGUACCUGCCGACAGCGUGGUUUCUGGGUCGCGGACAAGAAGGAGACCUGCUGCAAACAGCUCUCUGCAGCAUGGCAACUCCCGCAGAGCUCUGUUCGGGACCUGCUGGUACCCUUAUCCUUGGAGCAAUGCGAACAGCUCUCCAGAGACCGGCAGCCACGCUCGACGGAGUCGGAUGGCUGGGCGAAGUGGGACAGCAAGCACAAGGACUGGUAG